AUGGGAGACUGCAGCCACCGAGGCAAACAGCAGCUCAUGAGCCGUGCCUCACAGGUGCUGGCAAGAUUUGAGGAGUCUGGGCAUGACCAACUUUACUCACGAUUUCUAAUUUCAGACCUGCUCUGUCAGCCACAGAAUAAAAAAUCCAAGAUGACCUCCUCUCGCAGAAUGCAUCUGAAGAGCUUGCUGCUCUCACUUGCUAAAGCUGCGAUUGAGAAAGAAGAAGCAGAUCGGAGAGCAGAGAAGGAGAGUUAUAUGGCAGAACAUUGUGAACCUCUGCAAGUUCAUGGGCUUUCAAUGGCAGAAUUACAGGAGAUCUGCAAAAAACUUCAUGGGAAGCUAGAUGUGGUUGAUGAGGAGAGAUAUGACCUGGAAACCAAAGUUAAUAAGACUGCCAAAGAGAUUGAUGACCUGAACCUGAAAGUUUUUGACCUGAAGGGCAAGUUCAAGAGGCCACCCCUCAAGAGAGUGCGUAUGUCGGCUGAUGCCAUGCUGCGUGCUCUGCUGGGCUCCAAACACAAGGUGUCCAUGGACUUGAGAGCCAACCUGAAACAGGUGAAGAAAGAGGACACUGAGAAGGAGAAGGAUCUGCGGGAUGUUGGAGACUGGCGUAAGAAUAUUGAGGAGAAGGCUGGAAUGGAAGGCAGGAAGAAGAUGUUUGAGGGUGCUGAAUAA